AACGCGAUUAAACCUUAUGGAUGAAAGAGAAACAGGUUAUGUUCGUUUAACACUGACCAAAAUGGCGUGCUCUUAUCGAUUUUUCGGUAAACUAAAUGAUUUUUAUAUAACGAAGAAUGCAAUUUAUGCAGUAAAUGGUAGGGUUACAUCUUAUUAUUGGAUACAAUUCAAAAAUAUAAAUAGACGAGUAACGAUAAGUUUUUAUUGUGAGGGAUUAUGAUAAAAUGAAUCAGUUUCAAACAGUAUCAAUAGUAUAAGUCAGCUAAAUAAACAUAUUGCCACAAUUGGGAUAACUACGAAAAUUAGCUGGACCGCUGUACGGUUUUCAUUACGCAACAUGUUUUUACGGACUCGCCAACACUAUGUGUUCUAAUAGAACAGGGACGGAGUAAGCACAUGUUAAUUGAUAUUAAUUUCCAUUUUAUACAUUGAAAUAAAAUAAAAAAAGCUACAAAAACUAACGGUCUAAUUAAUGUUUAGUUGCAAAACACUUAACUGUAUUUUAGGAAAAUUGCUAUAUUUAACUCAAUAUUUUGAGAAUGCAUAGUAUGGAAAAACUGUAAUGUUCAUGAAAUUAUUUGAACUUUUAUAUGAAAAAUGUCAAAAUAUUUUCACAUGAAUAAAAUCAUUUUAGUACUUGAUAUGUUAUUAAAUUAAAAAAUAUUAUGAAUCAUAUGAAUAUGAAUCACUAUUAUUGUAUUUAUAAUGAAUAAUUACGUAUUUCAUAACUUUCUAAUGGGUAUGCAAUAUAUUAUACACGAAAGCAAUACUGGUAGUAUAUCUAUAAAUGUUGUAUGUCACACAUAUGAAAUCACCUUGUCACUGUCAUUUGUCAACUUCAUAUCUCAAUCUGCCUGAAAAAAUCCAAUUUGUUAUAAUUUUCGUAAUUUCCAUAAUUUGGAAUCAAAUGUGCUGAUAAGGAAAUAUCAUCAAAUCAUUUUAAUUGCAUGAAUAAUGGCAGCCCCAGUAAUAAUCGCAGCAACCACUAAACAUACUGGAACUCUUAUAUUCUUACACGGUUUAGGAGAUACCGGACAAGGAUGGGCAAGUGCUAUGGCUGCUAUAAAACCACCACACGUCAAAGUUAUUUGCCCCACAGCACCAACAAUACAAGUAACUUUAAAUGCGGGUUUCCGUAUGCCAAGUUGGUUCGAUCUGAAGACAUUGGACGAUUCAGGACCAGAAGACGAACCUGGUAUAAAGAAAGCCACUGAACAAAUCCAUGCUCUAAUUGAAAACGAAAUUAGCGCGGGAAUUAACGCUGAUAGGAUCGUCGUGGGAGGUUUUUCCCAAGGAGGCGCUCUGGCUUUGUAUUCCGGUCUCACUUAUCCGAAAAAAUUGGCCGGUAUUGUAGGUUUAUCCUGUUGGUUACCUUUGAAUAAAUCCUUUCCGGCCAUGAAGAAAACAGAGGAUACUUUACCAAUUUUACAAUGUCACGGUGAUUGCGAUCCAGUGGUACCUUAUAAAUGGGGCCAAAUGACAGCGUCAGUGUUAAAAUCUAUGCUUCGAGAUGUCGAAUUCAAAACGUUCAGGGGUUUAUCUCAUUCGUCAUCGGAUGAAGAACUGAAUGACAUUAAGCAAUUUAUAUACAAAAAUAUACCCAAUCAAUAGAUAAAUUUUGUGUAAAAAAUAAAUCAUGUUUUCCUCAUUUAUUUAUACGAAUUCGAAAAUAUAUUAAUUUCGUGGUUCCUCAUCUUUCGGUAAUUAAACAAAUAGUUUUUCAAUAUAUAAUUCAUUUUAAACUUCAAAAUAUAGAAAAAAUUCCAAAAAAAUCUGUCAAAUAUAUGUUUUUGGAAUUUAAUUUGAUCUCUUCUUCAAAAUUUUUUUUAUUAACAAUGUAAUCAUUAAAUUUCGUCAUAACCUAAAUUUCUACCAGAAAUUAUCUCCCGAGUCCUUAGAGGCAUCGAAUUUUGUCAAAAAAAUUAAAAAUUACCAAGAUUCCAAUCUAGUAAUUUCGAAUUUGCUAACUAUUUAUAUUAGCGUAAACAAAAUAAUGAAGAAUACUCUGUGUUUAAAAAGGUUGUGUCUAAACUUCCGAAUUAACAAUAAAAAUAUACCUUUUAAUAUUUAGUUUUUAAAAUAUUUGCUAUUUAAAUUACAAAAAUUCCAACAAAAUUUUUCUUUUUUUGAUAUUAUAGAUAUGGAAUUCGUAUACGAAAUUCUAAAUAUAAUAAAUUGUUAUUUCAAUGAAAAAGACAUUUAAAAUUACAUACAGCGGGAUUCCAAACAUAAUGAAAUUAUAUGUCAAAACUUAACCUGUUGUUUAUAUAAAUAAGUAAAACGAGUUUAUGAAUAUUUCAUAAAUUAUAUGUAUUUUCGAAUUCUAUGGUUCUUUUUUUUUGGAUUAUUUGAUAUUAGUAAAAUUCCUCCCAUGAGGUAGUAAAAUUAAAUGCAAUAAUCAGUAUUGAUCAUAAAAUGGCGGCUUAUUCCUAACCCAAACUUUGAUCUGAUUUAAUACAGUAAACAUUCCCACUUCUGGAAACCUUGAUAUAUAUAAGCUUUUAUUUUAUUUGUUGAACUCAAUAAAUGAAAAUUUAAAACAAAAAAAAA